AUGUUUUUAAAUUAUUACUACACAAGUGUGAAGGAGGAGAAGGAGGAGCAUGUGAAGGAGAAGGAGGAGCAUGUGAAGGAGGAGAAGGAGGAGAAUGUGAAGGAGAAGGAGGAGCAUGUGAAGGAGAAGGAGGAGCAUGUGAAGGAGAAGGAGGAGCAUGUGAAGGAGGAGAAGGAGGAGAAUGUGAAGGAGAAGGAGGAGCAUGUGAAGGAGGAGAAUGUGAAGGAGAAGGAGGAGCAUGUGAAGGAGGAGAAGGAGGAGCAUGUGAAGGAGAAGGAGGAGCAUGUGAAGGAGGAGAAGGAGGAGAAGGAGGAGCAUGUGAAGGAGAAGGAGGAGCAUGUGAAGGAGGAGAAGGAGGAGAAGGAGGAGCAUGUGAAGGAGAAGGAGGAGCAUGAGAAGGAAGAGAAGGAGGAGCAUGUGAAGGAGAAGGAGGAGCAUGUGAAGGAGAAGGAGGAGCAUGUGAAGGAGGAGAAGGAGGAGCAUGAGGAGAAGGAGGAGGAGCAUGUGAAGGAGAAGGAGGAGCAUGUGAAGGAGAAGGAGGAGCAUGUGAAGGAGGAGAAGGAGAAGGAGGAGGAGCAUGUGAAGGAGAAGGAGGAGCAUGUGAAGGAGAAGGAGGAGCAUGUGAAGGAGAAGGAGGAGCAUGUGAAGGAGAAGGAGGAGAAGGAGGAGCAUGUGAAGGAGGAGAAGGAGGAGCAUGUGAAGGAGAAGGAGGAGAAGGAGGAGCAUGUGAAGGAGAAGGAGGAGCAUGUGAAGGAGAAAAAGCAGGAGAAAGAGGAGGAGGAGGAGGAGCAUGUGAAGGAGAAAGAGCAGGAGAAAGAGGAGGAGGAGGAUUCCCCCUGA